GCGAGUGACUGACGACUGUUGUUUGUCAUUUGCUGAUUUUUCUGUGAUGGUGGAAAACUAGAGUGUGAAUAAUUUUUAUUUAACAAUACAUUGUAGUAUCUAAGUAUUGGAAUUGUUGAAAGUCUCUUGAUUUGAAACUUUGUAAGAUAUUAGUCCAACUAGUGAAAGUUUUGCACUUGACACUUACUGCUGAGGCUUAAAAAGAAAGACAAAAAAUUCUUUGUGUUGUUACGCGUAAUAAAAUCAUCUCUAUUCUACGAUCAUGACUUCUGGACCAUAUAAUUAUUCUUAUAUUUUUAAGUACAUCAUUAUUGGUGAUAUGGGAGUUGGAAAGUCAUGUCUUUUACAUCAAUUUACUGAUAAAAAAUUUAUGGCCGACUGUCCUCAUACUAUUGGUGUAGAAUUUGGGACUCGAAUAAUUGAAGUAGCUGGACAAAAAAUCAAAUUGCAAAUUUGGGAUACUGCAGGACAAGAAAGAUUCAGAGCUGUCACUCGUUCAUACUACAGAGGUGCAGCUGGUGCUCUAAUGGUUUAUGAUAUAACGAGAAGGUCAACUUACAAUCAUUUAAGUAGCUGGCUUACAGACACACGUAACUUGACUAAUCCCAGCACUGUGAUAUUCUUAAUCGGGAACAAAUCGGAUUUAGAUGGUCAGAGAGAUGUUACAUAUGAAGAAGCUAAACAAUUUGCUGAUGAGAAUGGCUUAAUGUUCGUCGAAGCUAGUGCCAAGACGGGACAGAAUGUUGAAGAAGCUUUCCUUGAAACGGCAAAAAAAAUAUAUCAAAGUAUUCAGGACGGUCGGUUGGAUCUGAACGCGGCGGAGUCGGGCGUGCAGCACAAGCCGGCGUCGCCCGGCCGCCCGCUGGCCGCGCCGCCCGCCGCGCGCGACAACUGCUCGUGCUAACACGCCGCGCGCGACUACUGCUCGUGCUAAGGGCGCUUCCAAUUUAGACGUUUCGUGUUGGACGUUUGUCGAGCGUUUGCAGGACCGCACAAGGCUAAUUGUAUGACAAUUGCGUCACAAUAAAAUUAUCAAUUACCAAUAGUUAGUGUGCGGUCUUGCAAACGCACGACCAACGUGCGACACGAA